AUGCAACCAUUUAGAAUCACAAUUGUUGGUGGCGGAAUCGGGGGGUUUGCCGCAGCGAUUGCUUUGCGAGGCCCCAACAGACACAUCACUAUCUUGGAACAAUCAAGCCUCAACAAAGAGAUUGGAGCUUUAAUUUCAUUCCAGCCCAAUGCUUCCAAGAUUCUUCAGUCUACCUGGAAAUUGGAUUUGAGUGAUGCUCGGCCAUUGGUGGACGAGGGAUUCCGUGUAUACGACACCCACGGAUCCCUUGUUAAAGAGAUCCCGCUAUUGACCAAGACAGAGUAUGAAGGAGAUCGUGUCAUAUAUCAUCGAAGAGAUAUUCAUGAUGUUCUUCGAAGAGAGGCAACGGCAGAGUCUGAUCUUGCCGGCGGUUCGGUGGGACUCCGGACUGGAUCGAGAGUGGUCAGCUGCGACGAACAUCGAGGAACGGUAACCCUUCAGAAUGGCGACAUUAUCCAAGGCGAUCUAAUAAUUGGAGCAGAUGGAAUCCACAGUGUUAUCCGUCAGCAUCUAUCCAUGGCGACUGGGGCCUUCGGAGAGGGCCCGAUCCCAACUGGACAUUCAGCGUAUCGUCUGAUGAUUCCCACCGACACGCUGGAAAAGCACGAGCCAGAGUUCUGCUCUAAGAUUAAUCCUCGGGAUCCAUUCACUUCUAUGCUCUUUUCCCAUGACUGUCGGUUGAUCAUGGGACCUGGCAGACAGGGCGAAGUUUACGGAAUUGUUGCCCUUGUGCCAGAUGAUCAAAUGAACGAGGACCCCAACGCCAGUUGGGUUUCUCAAGGAGAUCUGAACAAGAUGUUGGAGACAUUUUUCGAAUUCCCCAACUGGAUCACGAACAUCUUCAAACACUCACCCGAUCUCGGUUUAUGGCAGCUCCAUGAUUUAGAACCGCUCAAGGCAUGGCAUUCUGGUCGGGUCAUCCUUAUUGGUGAUGCCGCACACGCGAUGUUGCCUACUCAAGGGCAAGGUGCUAGCCAAGCUAUUGAGGAUGCCGAGGCCUUAGGUGCUUUUUUCGAGGGGUUGAUGGAGUCACCUUCCCUGGAAGUACUAGAAAAGAUUCUCGAAGGAAUCUUUCAAGCAAGACAUUCCCGUGCCAGUCUAAUUCAGACUUACAGUAGACAAGCCGCGAAGCCGGCAGUGUCCAGGGGCGAGAAGACCAUGACUAUGAGCCCCGAUCAAUUCAUGGACUUCAAUUCCACCCCAUCACAAUGUCCCCCCGCAAGACUGAAAGUCACCAAUGUCCCCAUUGCGACAAAGCCUAUGAGCGGCCAGAUCAUCUGGCGCGUCAUUUGGAUUCUCAUCGCAAUCGGCGUGUUUACCAGUGUCCGACCUGUCAGCGCGGAUUCAAUCGCCGAUGUGUUACAACGACACCAAGCUGUGCAUGAAAAGGAUGUCACUGACGGCAAGUCUUCCGUUCGUCGCCUCAAAGAGCGAGCGACUGAAGCAUGUGAGGCCUGUGCUGCAGGAAAGCUGAGUUGUUCUAAUGAAAGGCCUUGCAAGCGGUGUCGGGCAAAGCAAAUCGAGUGUGUUUCCAGGCCAUCGAGAAUAUCGCGUCGGAGUCAACGAGAAUCAAUAUCUGGUCCACCAGUAUCGCCUUAUGAAAGUCUUGGUUUGGCGGCGACUCCAGGUUCCGAUCGUUCGGGAUUCAAUGUCCCGCCGCCUAGCGUUUCUUACACCGGAAGCAUCCAUGAUAUUUCUGAUUUCGCACUCGCCUCUCAAUCAGGAAUGAUCCUAGAUACGUUUUUCCCGGCAGGUCAAGAAGAGACGUCUUUAUAUUCAAGCCUUAACCAAUUUCCUGCCUUCUUUGAACAUGUCAUGCUCCCAAACAAGGGGGCAGACAAGGCGAUUCAGGGUACCCAGCAACCCCGUGCCUUUGACUUCAUGCAGGAUAUCGACUUUACUCUAUCGCCAAAUGACGUUUUUGGAACAAGUUUCAUUCCAGAUCUAGACAAAAUUCUUGAUAUGGCCGCGCCUUUCUCUGAAAUCGACCAGCAGUCCUCGCUUGAUGAUCAAGAAUCUGCAAGUCGGCGUGCUGAUGCCUUUCAGCGAUCAUUAUGGCUUUGGACGCCAGAGAAGAAUCAGCAUGGAUUCAGCGAAGAGCAACAGAUCCCGCUACGUGAGGGUGAUAUUAUCCCAUCAACGCAUCAGACGCGCCUCGAUGCACUGAAUAUCCCCGGCAGGCUUUCAUUCCAAGCCAGAGAUGAGAUAUUCAAAUUAGUUCUAAAAACAGCCGGCUCUCGGCUAUGUGUUUCGGCAUUCCCAUCGUCCGAAUACCUCGAUACUCUUAUAAAAAUUGGGAUCGGAAAAAGGGUCGAGACUGACGCAUGGAUCCAUUUGUACACUUUUUAUGACCCCCAAUAUCAGCAGCUACGUCCAGAGCUGCUUACUGCAUUGGUAGCAGCCGGAUGUGUUUGCUGUGGUGCGCCUUCAAUCAACAAAACGGGUAUCAUUCUCCAAGAGAUCACCAGAGUCGGCUUGGCGCAAUUGGUUGAAGAAGAUAACAGUGUUCUUCGUGAUCUUCAGUACUUGCAAGCAUCCAUGUUAUGGUUGGAUAUUGGGAUCUCAUGCGGGUAUACACGCAAAAUGCAAAUUGCUGAGAGUUAUUUACAACCGCUUUGCACGGCUCUUCGGCGCGCUGCUAUGUUUGACAGGUCGACAUACCCAGUUGUAACUCCUUGGUCUUUCGGCGAUGACGAAGUUUCAUUAAAGCGCUCAUGGUAUAGUUGGGUCCGCCAAGAGUCAUUGAAGAGGCUUGUUUAUCAUUUAUUCAGUCAUGAUGUCGAAGUCGCUUUGUCCAUGAAUCGACCUGCGAUUACUUCGUACACUGAAUUUACCUUGUCCAUCCCUGCUGCGCGAGAGCUAUGGCUAGCUCCCACUGCUUCUGCAUGGAGGGACGUGUGGAUAGGUUUGUCUGAAUUGAAUUUAUGCGACCUUCUCUCUGAUCCGUCCCUUCUUCACCACCUUCCUCCCGAACUUGAUUCUGCCAUGGCGAAGUCGGCUCUUUUGCAAGGUCUUGCCCUACAAGUAUGGGAGCUCUGCCAGCAAAGGCGUUUAUCAAGAUCUCGUGCUACCACUCUACUAUGGCUGCAAAGUAGACAAGAAGAACUAUAUGCGACUCUCAAAUCUGUUCAGGACACCUCAGACUCCCCGUCGGCUACUAUUUUGAUGAAUGAGUUCACUAUGAUGUACCUUCACAUCGACAUGGACGCAAUCCAGCGAUUCGUCGGAAAAAUGGGGGCGGGGGAAGCUCGCCGCACAUACCCUGGGCUAAGAGAGUGGAGCCGAACUAGAGAGGCUAAAAUUGCGAUAUGGCACGCAGGUCAGGUUCUUCGAGCUGCGCGCAUGGUGGCAGUCCGUCAAUUCCGUGGAUUUGACUCCCUAUCCAUCUACCAUGCUUCCUUGGUCCUGUGGGUAUACGGACUACUGCAGUAUGGGGAGAAGAAACUCGAGGUCCACACUCCUAUGAGUGAAGCAGACACGCCGAAUGUUCCUCUAGAUGGACCGGAGGAUCAGUUUACCAAAGCCUUCAUGAGUCGAGGGAUAGGUCGACCCGGUUUGACAAUGCAUUAUCGCGACUCAAGUUCUUUUUGUGAGCUGAGUAGGCCUCGUUUGGUCAUGGGAGUCGUAAGGAAGAUCUUUGAUGGCAAUUGUCCAGCUCCUUUGCCAGGCGAGAUUCUCCCACCGAUGAUUCAAAAUUUGUGUUCUUUGAUUGAGGACUUAGGGAAUCUGCCAUAG